UCUUUAUAACCCCAGAGCCGGAGUCUCUAGCUUUAGCCAUCCUUCUUCCCUAUGUAAGGUCUGGAGCCUCUGGACCCAGCCUUGGUGUGUGAAGGGUCAAUAUAGUGGGCAGGUAUUUGGUGCUGAGCGGUGGAACCAAGAAGUCCCAGAGGUCUCAGCGAGAGAUUUGGAGACAGAGAAAAAAAUAGAAAGAAGUUUGAGACACAAGAAAGCCUAUAGAGGUUGCCUGCCCAAAAUGGAGACUGCUAUGGUCAGAGAGAACAGACUUCAUGGGAUUCCAGAAUGUGCCUUUGAGUUCCAGCUCUGUCACUGAUGGCUGCAUGACAUUAGGCACGCGAUCAAAUUUUCUAAGGUUGUCUCUCCUUGUUUACAAAUUGAGGAAUUUGAAGGGAAUUCAACACCCCCUUUCCUCCAUACACAAUGACAUUGGGACCCCUGGAAAACAACAGUAGUAUUGCUUCCUCCUUCCUGCUGAGUGGCAUUCCCGGGCUGGAACACAUGCACAUCUGGAUCUCCAUCCCAUUAUGUCUCAUAUAUCUGGUUUCCAUCCUGGGCAACUGCACAAUUGUUUUUAUCAUUAAAACGGAGCCUUCACUCCAUGAACCAAUGUACCUUUUCCUGUCCAUGCUGGCUGUGACUGACCUAGGUCUGUCUCUUUGCACACUUCCUACAGUGCUGGGCAUAUUUUGGAUUGGGGCACGAGAUAUUGGUCAUGAGGCUUGUUUUGCCCAACUCUUUUUCAUUCAUUGUUUGUCUUUCCUGGAGUCCUCUGUGCUACUGUCCAUGGCCUUUGACCGCUUCGUGGCCAUCUGUCAUCCCUUGCGCUAUGCUUCCAUUCUCACCAAUACAGUCAUUGGCAGAAUUGGCCUAGCUUCCCUGGGCCGCAGUGUAGCACUCAUUUUCCCAUUGCCUUUUAUGCUCAGAAGAUUCCCUUACUGUGGCUCACUGGUCCUCUCACAUUCCUAUUGUCUCCAUCAAGAGGUGAUGAAAUUGGCCUGUGCAGAUAUCAAAGCCAACAGCAUCUAUGGCAUGUUUGUUAUUGUUUCCACAGUGGGUGUAGACUCACUGCUCAUUCUCUUUUCCUAUGCCUUGAUUCUGCGUACAGUGCUGUCCAUUGCAUCCAAGGUGGAGAGAUUCAAAGCUCUUAACACCUGUGUUUCCCACAUCUGUGCUGUGCUUCUCUUCUACUCUCCCAUGAUUGGCUUGUCCAUCAUCCAUCGCUUUGGGAAGCAGGCACCUCAUCUGGUCCAAGUUAUCAUGGGCUUUGUGUAUCUUUUAUUCCCUCCCCUAAUGAACCCUAUCAUUUACAGUGUGAAGACAAAACAGAUCCGAGAUCGUGUGACCCAUGUCUUUUGUUAGUAGCUGGAUCUAGCCUUGGAGGCAAUAUUUCCUUAAAUGUACCAUUACUCCCCUAUCCUUAUAAUAUCAAUUGUACAUAAAAUGAAGGAGGUUGCUACUUAUGUACUCAACAAACAUAUACAGGAAAUUGUAUUAUUCAUAGUAAAUAGAAGUUGAUAUAGGAACAAAAAUACACUGUCCUGUAGCAGGGGGAAGAGAGUGUCAAGAAAGAUUCUCUGAAUUGACAGCCUUAAGGGGCAUAUAGGAGUUAGGAAAUCAAAGUAAGAAAUUACAGUCCAAAGCAACAGCAUGUGCAAAGCUGAGGCAGAAGUGUGAGACAGGAAAUACAUUAAGAGAAAUAUCUGAAGUUAUUUUUGUCAUAAUCAUUGAUCUCUUGCAUAUCAAGAAAGAGUAGAGAACAUGGGUUGAUGGUGGGGGACAAAGUGGAAAUAGGUUGAGACAC